AAAUCCUUCCACAAAGUUACGUUUUAACCCUUUAUAAAUUAUAAUCAAACCCCAUACUCCCUCUAUAAAUAUAACGAUAUCCCCGUUACAUGUGUCUUACUCUCGUCUGUCUUCACUUCACCGUUUCUCGAAGCAUCUCAUAACAAUAAUAAUGGCUAGCGUGAAGGAGGUUCUUCCGCCAGUGUUGGAUUCUACUUCUCAACCGCCUCCUUUGUUCGACGGAACCACUAGGUUAUACACAAACUACCAAUGUCCCUUCGCACAGCGUGUUUGGAUCACCAGGAAUUAUAAGGGACUACAAGACAAGAUUAAGCUUGUUCCUAUAGACCUUGCUAAUAGACCCGCAUGGUACAAGGAGAAAGUUUACCCAGAAAAUAAGGUGCCAUCUCUUGAACACAACAACAAAAUCAUUGGAGAGAGUCUGGAUUUGGCGAAAUAUCUAGAUGCUCACUUUGACGGGCCUGCAUUACUACCAAAUGACCCUGCCAAACGAGAGUUUGCUGAGGAGUUAUUCACAUACACUGACACAUUUAGUAAAACAGUGUUAUCAUCGUUUAAAGGAGAUGUUGUGAAAGAAGCUGGUGUUGCUUUUGAUUACUUGGAAUCAGCUCUUCAGAAGUUUGACGGUCCGUUUUUCCUCGGAGAGAUCAGUUUGGUGGACUUUGUUUAUAUUCCUUUUGUAGAAAGGUUUCAAAUAUUCAUACAAGAGGUAUUCAAAUAUGAUAUUACCUCAGGCAGGCCAAAAUUAGCAGCAUGGAUAGAGGAACUGAACAAAAUUGAUGCGUACACAGUGACAAAAGCGGACCCUGAACACGUUAUUCAGUUGUACAAAAAGCGUUUUGUGGAUCAGUGAAGUUGAUGAAGUCCUUGGAAUCAUGAUCCUUUGGGUGAAUAAAGUUGUAUGUGUGUCAACUAGUAGUGUUGUGUCUGUCUUAUAGAUGGAGAAACAUAUGGUCUUUUGUUGUUACAUAUGAUGAUAAUAAAUGUAUUGCAUAAUUGCAGACUAGAUGGUGUCUGUCAAAUGAACUGGUGUUGUGUUUCUUAUUUUAUGUAGUAUAUACAAGUGCAACAGAUGACAAACUAGA